CAGCGAGCAAAUUCUGAGUUGACGAAACACUUCUCAAUUUUUGAUAUAAAUGGUUUUAAAUCCUUUAAUGGUUUGUGUGUAAUGCAUCGCAUUCAAGGAAGGAGAUCUGUUGAAAGUGCAACAUAUAGUAGGGAUAUUGACGUUAAUAAGCAAGAUUCAGAGCAUGAAGCCAAUUGGAAACAAUCAGUUUCUCAAGAAGGUCUGUUACCAAAACUAAGCUCAGAACUUAAAACAUUAAUGGAAGAGCCAGACAGUGCCAAAACACUGGAAAGUGUUGACUGUACUCAGAAAAAUGAGAAAAGUGAAUGCAAAUAUGCAAGCAGUCUAUCAAUUGUUUUGCAACAAGUGUGUGAACAAUCAGGGAAAAAGAAAACUCCUAUGUGUCUAGUCAAUGAGUUGGCCCGUCAUCACAAGAUACAUCCCCAAUACCGCCUGACAGAAGAAUCAGGACCCCCACACCAAAAAAUUUUUGUUGUAAAUCUCAAAUUGGGUGAUGAACAGUAUACUGCAUCUGGGCAAAGUAUUAAAAAAGCUCAACAUGCUGCUGCAGAAUUCGCACUUCAAAAAACCAAAUUCAUCCUUCCUGAACCAAAAAGCAAAGUGAAGCACCCCGUAAGCUCUAAGAGUGACAAACCUGUUACCCCAACAGUGGAACUAAAUGCCCUUGCAAUGAAAUUGAAUUUUCCACCUGUAUAUACAAAUUUGGCACCACUUUCAAUUAAAGCAAUGAUGCCUGAAGAACUACCUCUCUGUAAAGGGGAUCAUCUCCUAAAUCAAGUCGACCAAAAAGGGAAGUUUCCGAGUACGAACUUUCAACGUCCUUUCACGUACACGCCUCAAAGAUGUGAUUAUCCCGAAAUUGUAUCGAAGAGAUAUUACUUUAACCGUCAUCAACCAACACCACUGAGACAUCGAGUUACUUUGGCAGUUGGUCAAGUUUUCGUGACCGGCGAAGGGCCAUCACCGCAAUCAGCACGACAUCACGCUGCACAACAGGCGCUAGAACAGUUGCGAAACGAGAUACCGAUUAAUAAAGCGCAACCGGAUGAGAGCCCAUUGAUCAGUGAAGCAGAUACGGACACGGAUUUGAAAUCUCCCGUCUCCCUAGCUCAUGAAUUGGCACUAAAACUGAAUCAAACGGUGGAAUUUACAGUAUUAAAUGAGAGUGGGCCACCCCAUAUGAGAAAUUUCGUGGUGCAGUGCAAACUGGGAGAAGUUACAACACAAGGAGAAGGUAACUGUAAAAAGAUAGCAAAGAGAAAAGCGGCAGAAUUAAUGUUAGAUGCAUUGAAAAAAGUACACCCAAAUGGUAUCUUGCGCCCCUCUGAGGGAAACAACAUUAGCCAACCACGCGCCCGCGUUAAAAGUAAAUCGGGCCUCGCAAGGAAAAAACCUCGAAAUUUGGUCAAGGAUGUCACAUCUGCAUCAAAUGGAAGUCUUGGCACAAAACCUCAAGAUCCAAUUUCACAACUGGUGCAGUUACAACAGGCACGGAGGGAAAAGGAGCCAGUGUUUACUGUUUUGUCAGAACGUGGUGUUCCACGUCAAUCCCCCGAGUUUGUUGUGGAAGUUACCGUAGGUUCUAUCACUGCAACAGGUGUUGGAACCAAAAAGAAAGAAGCGAAACGAGCUGCAGCUCUUAAGGCUUUGGAUGCUCUCGGCGAUACUAAAAAAUUAUCGUUGGUCGAAGAUGAAGUAGCUGUCGAACCCCUUUCCGCCGUAUCAAACGCAUCAGUUUCUACUGCCAAUUGCGCUGGUCGUCAAAUGGUUCCUGGCCUUCUUUUAAUAGGAACUACUCCCGGCAAAAAAAUGGAUCUUUGCCGGAAUACUAAUACACCGGCUCUUGCAGGAAUCCAAGAAUCUUCGCAACCUGUUAUUCCGCCUAAGAAUUCUGGAGGAUUGCGUCCGGAGAUUCGUCUUCGCUAUUUGGCGCAAGUUCUUGAAUACGAACUUGAAUUUUCAGAUUUCCCGAAGGGUAAAAAAGGAGAUUUUGUUAGUCUCGUAACGUUAAAUACAAACCCGCCCCAAGUGUCCCACGGGCUUGGUGCCACUUUGGAAGAAGCUCAUGAUAACGCUGCUUCCAAUAUGUUGAAAUUAAUUGCCGAAGGGGCUCUUGAUGACAUGGCGGGCCCAAACAAAGAAAACGCAGAUCAACGAAGUUCGGAGAAUCAAUAAUUUAAAAUUGCCCGGAACCCUCACAACAUGCAAACGUGCAUGUUUUCUACGAAUGGUCGUAAAGCGGCGGACUAAGUAUUAUCCCUUUUCGUUUUUUUGUUUUGUUUUGUUUUUUUCCUCCUUUUGCUUUUUCUCUUCCUUAAGCCUUGUGCCAGAUGGAAAGCGAAAAUCUCUUUUUGUUGUAUAUCCUUUUUGGCUUCUCCAUUGUAGUGAUUAUUUAUCUUUUUUUUUUUCCAUUACUCACCAGCGUACAGAAUGUCCGUUUACAUGACUUUCUGUGAAAAGAAUAAUAUUUAAAUUGAUUAUCCGAGAAAUUAAUCAAGAAUCAAG